ACCCGAGGUUGGUGCGUGAGUACUGCGAGCAGCUGGUGGUGCCCGCUGUCAACGAGGCUGCGUGCGCGCUGCUGGCCGAGGUGCAGCGCUUCCAGGAGCGGCUGUACCUUCGAGACCCGCUCAAGGCUUCGCAGAAGAAGCGCUUCGUGUGCGGCCUCCGCGAGGUGGCGCGCGCGCUCAAGUCGAACAAGGCCAAGGUGCUCAUCGUGGCGCACAACAUCGAGCGCAUCACGGCGGAGGCGGGCCUCGACGACAUGGUCUCGCAGCUGAUCACCCUCUGCGCCAAGAAGCAGGUGUGGGUCUACGACGAAGCCGCCAAGGCAUCGACGCUGCAGCACGAGGACCGCGACAAGGAGGUGCUGCUCGUCUUUGCCAUGACACGCAAGGCGCUCUCUCGCGCGCUCAAGCGCUCUGCCAAGACGUCCGUGGUCGCGGUGCUCAACCACGACGGCGCGUCUGAGCAGUACGCGCGGCUCGAGGCGCUCACGCGGGGCGCCAGGCUCGCCUACCGUCAGCUCACCAGUGCGGGUGCGUCCGACUCGGGCGGCGACGGCACGCUUCCGGCGCCCGCUGACGAGCGCUUCCUCGUCAACUAUGUCACGCAAGGGCGGCAGGCGGCGGUGGACCCGCUGCUCAUGCGGCCGUCCCUGUGCCGCGUGGACGACGAGGAGGCCUCGCCAUGCGACUUGGGCCGCUGGCUGGGCAGUCUGGGCAGUCUGGCUGAGAGCUGACAGGCCAGCGAUGACCGGCACAAGCAUGAAUCACUUUUUUCAAAUUGUGCCUGUGACAUC